AUGGGCGGCGAUGAGCAUACUGAUCUGGACACACUGCACGAUUACUUGGGUUCACACGGCGUGCUUUACUUGCUGAGAAAUCUACCUGGGGCAGACGAGGUUCGGUUCGUACACCAGGACUUCUUCCUUGAUGCCCAGCCAAGAAAGCUCUUUGUCGGCUAUCAUAAAGAACACGGCAACGAUAUCUAUGCGUAUAUGCGAAAGCCACGCGAAUACCACAGGAUCGAGUUCUACAUUGAAGAUACGCACGCACUCUCGAGGACGGUUAUCCGCUCUGAAGAUGUUGCCAAACAGCGCAUCCUGCAUCCCUUCAACAAGACUUAUCUGGAAAGUGCCCACAGAAUCGGCCAAGACGAGAAGGCACGACUCACACUCAUG